UGGGAGGACACGUCACUACUCAUCACUGAAGUAGUCCCGGAAGAGUAGAAACUAGAAAGGUUAGAGAAAUUGUAACACACUGAAGAUAAGCAAAAUCUACACCACAGUAAGUGCACAGGGCCACUAUGCCUCAAGGUGAUGUAAGAAGAUUUGAGAGAUUGGAAGAGGAGGACAUAACCUGCUGUGUGUGCGCCGGUGUGCUGUCUGAUCCGGUGUCUAUUGCCUGUGGGCACACUUUUUGCAAGCAUUGUAUCUCCUUCUACUGGCAAACAUCUGGGGGCUCUCUCUGUCCAGAAUGUAGGGCAACCUGCCCCAGAAAUCAGCUCAUACCUGUGCACAGGCUGAGGAGCCUGAUAGAAAAAGUCCAGAACGUACUAAAUGAAGAUCAGGCCUGGAAGGAGGCUCCAGGUCGUGCUGUUCAGCUGGUUUAUGAAGAUAUAGAUGGACAUUUUAAGUUGGACGAAGAUGCCGUAAAGAGCUGUUUUUCAGGCAAUACCAUCUCCAAUUACUCAGUCUGCCUUAUAUCUGUGCUAGGCAAGAAACAUCUAGGCAAAUCCUUGCUCAUGAACUAUAUUCUGAGAGCCCUACACUGCCAGGAGAAGGGCCAACCACUGAGUUUGGGAUUGGAUGACGCCCCUCUGCAUGGUUUUGGAUGGAAUUCUAGGAGUAACAAUAUAACCAGGGGUAUAUGGAUCUGGAACAGACCUUUCAUACUUGAAAACAAAGGAAAGAAGGUUGCCGUCUUUGUCCUGGAUACAGAGGGCUCUAUGGAUGCUGAAGGGGAUAGAGAAAACUGUAUUAAACUCUCCGCCUUGUCUGUAAUGCUCAGCUCCUACAUGAUCUUCAAUGUACAUGCCAGACUGCAAACAGCAGAACUGGACUAUCUUCAGAUGUAUACUGAAGUUGGAGAGCUGCUGGGAAAAUCCUUUCUACAACAACAAUUACAGCAUUUGGACCUCUUGGUGAGGGACUGGCACAACUGUGAUAACUGUGGUCGCGGAGCUGCCCUGUCUUUCUUAGAUAAUGUGGAAAAGGAACAUUGCUAUGCGUACCCUUGUGUAGAAGGGUGGCUUGCAUGCUCGUCAGUAUCCUGCCAUCUCUUGCCACACCCAGGGAUCGGACUCAUCAGAUCAGGCCAGGGAAAACUGUCAGAUAUGAACAAGGACUUCAGAAGUCAUCUCACAAUAUAUGUUUGUGAACUGGUGAGAGGUGUUUGGAGCCAUUUAAAGACUGACGCCCAUGAAAACAUUUUAAGGUGUGGUGAGCUUUGCAGUGCACUGAAGGAGUUUGGGGACGUGUUGCAGAGGCAGUACACCUUUGCUUCCCCGUCUCAGAUGUUCUUUUCCUUAAAUAAUUAUGACAACAUGAAACGCUAUAUAAAUGUAUUUAAAGAAUUCCUAUGCAACCAAGCUACAACUACAUCGUCCCCACUUAAGGUCCUUGGAGUUACACCCAAUAAAAUGAGACUCAUAAUCAACAAUGCAGCUCAAAGUCUUCUUCAGACUUUCGGAAGAACUUUACAAUACUCUGGAGGCAACCAAAAGCAAAUUCUCCUGGACGAGUUGAUGUCCCAACUGCUUCAGUUACAAGAAGACUUUUGUGACGACCACAGCAAACGUUUUAAAAAGUGCGCUGUAGGGUGUGUGUUUGGGGCGGGGGUCCUUGGACUUGUAGGAGGAGUUUCAGGAGCGAUUGUGGCGGGUGGUGCCUUGGCAGUAGGUGCCACAUCUUUGUUUGGCAGCACAGCAGCUGCUAUAACGGGUGGAGCAGUGGGGGGCUCUUUAACUCUAGGGGCCAUUGGAGGGAGUUUGGGAGCUAGAGUGGGGGAAGCAUUUGGACGCAGGAUCGAGAAAAGAGAUAAAAAAGAUGGAAAAGGAUCCUAAAGACGUUAAACAAUAAUGAUUAGGCUGAUAAUCAACUGACUUGAAAGUGCUACACAAAUAUUUUUUACUACAUAAUUUCACGAACAGGUACCAAAAAUAACUGCAAAUGUUUAAGGUCUUUCCUCUGUCUCAGGUCAAAACAUCUGUAUUCCAAUAAAAAUAUAUCACUUAAACAAAGAAAUGUAAUAUUGUGCUGAAUAAAACUGUUUUUUCCUACCUA